UACCAGAAUUCUUCGGAAGGCGGAAGACAGCUCAUCCCUGGAGGGCACUUCGAAUUUCUUGUUUAAUUUGUUCCUUUAUUUCCCUAUCAUUUAAGCCUUAUUUUAUCUCAUUAUCCCUUGCCUGACUAAAGUUAUGAGAUAAAUAACGUGUCCAGUUAUUUUUGGGUCUCCCUGUAAAAUUUAUUAAAAAUUAAGCUUCUAUUUUAUUUUCAAGUUUGUUCAUACACUGGAAUUUGUUUCGAAUUAAAUCAGCGUUGCCUAAAUGGAGUUUGUUGUUAGCAGACCAAACCAAGUAUAUCAACAAUGCCCUCCAGGAACCUUUCUAGACGGCUACUGUUCCUAUACUCGAAUUUGCUUUGAUCCGCGUGAAACUUGUUUUAAUGGACUUUGCUGUCAGAGUUAUGGACAAGGACAGUUUCCUCCUAACUAUCCGCCGAAUCAGCCAAUAUACCCCCCUAAUCAACCGAUAUACCCUCCUAAUCAGCCAAUAUACCCUCCUAAUCAACCUAUAUAUCCUCCCAAUCAACCAAUAUAUCCUCCCAACCAAAUAUAUCCACCAAAUCAACAAAUAUAUCCUCCCAACCAGAUAUAUCCCCCUAACCAAAUAUACCCUUCCCCAAAUCAAAUUUACCCCCCUAACCAAAUAUACCCCCAAAACCAAAUAUACCCUACCAACAUCUAUCCUUAUCCACGACAACAAAUUCCGGGAGGAAUUGGUGGCAUCUAUCAACCAUAUCCUAUUGGUGGUCUAGGAGGAAUGGGUGGUAUACGACCAAUUGGUGGGGGAAUAGGCGGCCUUGGAGGAAUUGGAUAUGGCGGAAUUGGCAGUCUUGGUAUGGGAGGUCUUGGAAGCUUAGGAGGACUUGGAGGAUACGGUGGAAUUGGAAGCCUUGGACUUGGUGGAGGACUUGGAAGCCUUGGCGGAUAUGGAGGACUUGGAGGAAUGGGAGGCGGACUUGGUGGCCUAGGAGGAAUUGGCGGUCUUGGAGGUAUGGGUGGAAUUGGCGGAAUCGGUUUCGGCUGUGUAGAUUAUCACCCAUAUUGUCCCCUUUACACUACUUAUUGUUUUUCUUCAACAAUUGUGGAAGUCUGUAUGGAAAGUUGUGGACUUUGUGAUAUUUACAAAAGGUGA